UGGGUUGUAUAUAGAAAUCUUAGAAAGCAGCUACGUACAGAGCAUUAAUUUUGUUCUUCUUUUCUAUUUUGUUGCUUGUAGUUGGACUAAAAUUGCAAAACGAUUGCCAAAUAGAACAGACAAUGAAAUCAAAAACUUGUGGAACUCCCGCUUGAAGAAACGGGUGAUGGAGAAUUCAAUUGCUGAUUAUCAUGAAGCCAAGCAGGAUGCUGAUGAUCAUGAAGCCAAUCAGGGGAUGAAAUCAGUUGAACAACGUAAUACCUCAUUUCCGGAUACCGAACUGCAUUCACUGGAACAUACUUUAUCUCCUGAUACGUUGGUGAGCAUGAUGGACAACCUUAACAGCUCGCGGCCGAUCUCGACGACGGCCGAGCUAAAGGGUGGCACAAAAAGAGGCGAGCUGAUAUCCGUAACCACACUAGUGUGGGGUGGUUAUAGCGGCGAGCUGAAGAAGUUCACCACAAAUGAGCUCGUCCAGGGAAUAGUCAUGCACACAAGUUUGAAGAACAAAGCACCGAACCAGACUCUACAUUUCGCAUCAAUUUCAGGUAAAAUGGUUUCCUUGAGAGAACUUACAGAGGAUGUGUCAGAAACAAUGAGGCCAGACAGCAGUGCCAGUUCGAGCGCUAGGGACAACGGUGGUGAACACCCUACUGCGUCAUCUAGCAGCUCGUCCUCUGAAGAGACACCCAGUCGCGAGGAAGGGAUGGGGGAUGUGGUGAGCAAUGUCUCAGAUCAACCUGUGAUUGAGGAGUGGGAGAGCAAGACCAUUGCGGGCAGGUUGAGCAAUUUGCGAAAGGCACCCAAGGAUCUGCCCGCUGGUUUUAGGUUCAAGGCCGUGCUUCAUCAUGAAGUAGCAGACUGUGCGCCCUCAAUAAGUGGGUAUAGGAAACUGGAGGAGAUGGUGAGGGCGCACCACAUCCCCAGAACGAUCUUGCUUCAGACUGGUGCCAAGAGUGAUAGGGCGUGCACGGUAUCGCAGAUGGGCUGGAUCCCAGUGUACGUGGACCACUUCAAGGCCGGCCUGCGCUUUCCCUUGCUCGGGCUAGUGUUCGACUUGCUGGCGGACUACGAGCUCGCUCUGACGCAAUUAACGCCCAACAGCAUAAGGUUCAUCAUAGGCUUUAUGCUGUUGUGUGCAAGGUUGGAGGUGCCGGCGAAGGCGAUUGUGUUCAGGUCGUUGUUCCAGUGUCGGCUGUGUCCAAACUCCAAGGGUGCCAAGUGGUACUACCUUUCUAGGAGGGAUAAGAGCCAGCUGUUCAAGAAUGUCAGGAACAAGGUGGCGAGGUGGAAGAGGCAAUUCAUCUUUGUUCACAAUAUGCGAACAGAGAGAAUUAGCAACGACCUCGCUGCUCGGCUAUCGGAGUGGCGCACGCCAAACGCCCAUGUCAACUACCCCCAGCUGUUGCCCCGGGAUGUAGAUCUGAAAAAUCAACUACUUGAGUAUGCGAAGAGGGAAAAUCUAAUAGAUUUAAAAGCCCUGGUUACCUCGGAGCAUCUCGCCGUGUUCGGGUUUGUCGACGUGACAAACUUGUUCAGCGAAGGGGAAAUGAGCAGUAUACUCGAGCGCCAACGUCAGCGAGCCCAGGGCUCACAAGGUCGUGGGGCGAGCAGCACCUCGCAACGACAGACGCGGUUUGACGAGCGGUCGCCGCCAGUGCCCCAAUCACGCAGCUCGUCUCACCGCGGAUCGAGCUCAGGGUCCCGGCCACGCCACGAUCAACGGACUGAUACGGCUCCCAGUGCACGCAGGCGUGUACACGAGGAGACAGAGAGCGGUUCGACCUGCGACGCGCGCUCACCUAACGCGUCAUCAACAACUGCGUGGGUAGCAGCAGAGCCUGCAUCUGCGUCGACCUCAGUGUUGGCGCCCAGGAUCGCGUAUCCUGACGGCUUCAGCUACGUGAAGCCGGAGUGCCAGCCCGCCAUGGUGCAAGGCAUGCACAGCUUCGUACCUCCAGCGGAUCGGCUACGAGCGAAGAGCUACGUGCAGCAGCAUGGCGGGCAGGUGGCCAUGAUCAAGUUAAUGGACGCGUUCAGCUACGUCGUUGCUAUGUUCGAGAGCGAGCAAGCAGCUCGCUCUCAGAAUAACGAGCUCAGUGCCAAUUGGAACGGGGCAGACGAGCUCGCCCAUAGAAACAAUGAGCUCAGGGAGGAGCUGGAGCGAGCCCGUACUAAAAAAGAGAGCGGGAUCCAAGCCGCUAAGGAAGAAGUCGCCCGAGUUGAGGAACGGGCCAAGAAGGUUGAGGCCGACAGGGACCGCGCUCAGCGCGAGCUGAGAUCCCUUAGGCAUCAGGUCGCCGAGGCCAACAGGAACCUCAAUGCUACCAGGGACGCGCUGAACGAGCUAAAGACUUCCCACGCACAUUCUGUAAGCAUCGCCCGAGCUCAAGGGGCGGAAUGGUUCGUGGGUUCGGCUGCGUUUCAGGACGCUAUGGCGAUGGCGUCUAUAAACGUGACCACGGAGAUUUACAACGAGAUCCAUGGGAAGGUGAUGCAACACCGCCCGGACUUCCCGAUUGGCGAGCUGGCGUUCUUCGACGGGGAGGAUUUGGACGAGCAGGGGAAAAGUCUUGCUCCCCUUGCUGACGCAACGGUGCGGUUGAGGUGGGACCUCAACGAGGAGGGAGUGCCUGUUUGGCCUCAUCAGGUCCUUGAAGACGGGGAGGAUCCAGCAGGGAUGACCUUUUUUGAUGCAUGGGUAGAGGGUGCUCCUGUGGCUGAGCAGGAGCCUUCAAGCACCCCGCCCAACUCUCAGCCCGCCGUAGUGUCGCCACCGAGGUCGCCUAUCAAUGCGCCAGCUCGCGAGCCAGCUAUUCGCUCGCCUCUAGCCUGCUCCUCUCCGCCAGCGGCUGACGCGUCCAUGCCUGUCGAUUUGACGGAUGAUUAGACUUAGGAUUUUUUCGUUUUAAUCUUUUGUAUUUUGUUUUUGCAUUUUUGUAUUUGAUCAAUAGAUCCAUAUCAUAUGUACUUCCAAUGUAAACAUCUUUGAUGAAAUACAAAUAUGAAUUUUCCUUUGAAUUUCUGUUGUAUUUUCUGCAUGCCGUUGUUUAUAACUAUCAGAUAGCAACUUGAAUAAAGGAAUAGUACAUAU